CGCCGCCCCGCUGCCAUGGUAACGGCGCGGGCCGCGCUUGAGGCCGGGCGGCACCAUGUCCUCCGUGGCCGUGGUCGAGCCCCCCGCCCCGCGGGCGGCCCCUCGCUCCCCGGGCCCCGGCCCCCCGCGCAGCGGCGGGGAGCGGUGCAGGAAAGCCUCGGACACCGCCCAGGAUGCACAGUUAAGAUCAGUGGAUUUGGAUCACGUCAUCAAACUACUCGAAGGUUCGGACUCUAUUUGGAAAAAGAGCAGCUGAAAACUCUCAAGAAGGUAGUCAAGCAUUUUGAAAACGGGAUUCCCCUUAAGGAUUUAGAACAAAUCAUCAAAAUUCUUAACCUGUGUUCAGAAAAAAUGAAGCAACGAGAAACUUUCUCUGAGCCUUUAUGUGAACUUAUUAAAUUAUUUGGGUUACCGUUUCAAAAAAAGAAAUCAUCUGAUGAAGUUAACUAUUCCACUAAAGUUUCAAAAUGCAUUGCACAACUGGGUUAUUUGAUGAGAGUGCCAAGCUCCCAAGUUAGAAUACAAAUUUGUAAGUGUGUUAUUAACUUUUAUAAAAUGGAGCUACCAGGAAAACUACUUUCAGGUUACCAGCCAACAAGUGCAAGUUAUAAAAUCCAGAUGGCUGAAUUAGGAGGAUUAGCAGAAACUCUUGUUUUGUCACUAGCAUUAGUUGAAAAUCAACUUACUGAGAAGUUGUGGGUACUUAAAGCUCUCCAGCAUCUCUCCAGCUCUGGAGCAAAUUGCAGACUAAUGAUGAAGGCCCAAGCAGCCAGCAGGCUCUGUUUGUAUCUAAAUAGUGCUGAUCCCUCAGGACAGCUGGUGUUCCGCUCCUCACAUAUCCUAUGGAACCUGCUAGAAAACGCCUCAAAAGAAGAAGUUGUUAAUCAGCUCAGUAGCUUGGAAUGUGUUCAUGCUUUGAAAGAAGUAUUUGUAGAUGCCCUGCAUGGUUUCCGGCACUGUGAUCAUCAGCUACGGAAUGACCUCUUGGUGAUUGCCACAUUACUAGCUGAAAACCCUGCAGUACCUAUGAUUGAAAGUGGAUUUACAAAGCUCUUAAUAGUACUUGCAACAUUUAAUGAAGUGAAAAUUCCCAAUCCCUUGGUAGAAGGUCUUAAACUUACCUACUCUUAUGAGGACUUCGAGAUGAAGAAGUUACUAUUUAACAUAAUAAGAGUCUUAUCUAAAAAUCCAUCUGCUGCACAGCUCCUCAGUGAAAAUGAUGUGAUGCCAGCUUUGCUUUAUUAUGUAAAACCAAAUCAAAAGCCUGGAUUUUAUGACUGGUCUGCUGCCCAAUAUGAAGAAUUACAGCUUCAUGCAAUUGCUGUUUUAGCUGCAGUGGCUCCUGUGUUAAUAGAUAAAUAUUUGUCCUGCCAAGCAAAUACUCUUCUCCUUGUGUUUCUAGAAUGGUGUAUUGGCCAAGAUCCUUUCUUUGGUCAAGGUAACAGUUUCCAUGGAACAGGUGGUCGUGGCAACAAACUUGCACAAAUGCGCUACAGCCUCAGAGUGCUGAGAAUUGUUGCCUCCCUUUACGAUGAUGCUGUGAACCUUAAUUUGUGUGACCAGGGAGCAAUUAGCCAGCUACUGGACAUCCUAAGGUAUGCAGCAAACAAAUCUAAAGAGAAAGAAGAUGCCAUUCUACUGGAAAUCCAAGCUGAUACAUUAUUUAUUUUGUCUGUUCUCUGUGAAAAUGAUCUCCACAGAAAGGAAGUCUUCAGCUAUGAAGGAAUUGGUAUACUUAUCCCGCUCCUUAAGAUGGAUCCAAAGGAGUUGUGUAGUGGAUUAGGCCACAGUUAUCUCCUCUUCAGUGCACUUGACUGCGUGUGGUCCUGUGUCAUUGGAUGUUACAUUGCAGAGGAUCAUUUUCUUGAAAAACAGGGCAUUUUUCGUCUUCUGGAUUUGUUGGCAUUAAAGGAAAAGAACCUGUGCAAUAUAAUUCUUGGAAUCUUGGUUGAAUUUUGUGGCAACCCUAAAACCACUUUGCACAUCAAUACCUGGCGAGGGGAGAAAGCUCAAACAGCAGCUAGCCUUCUGAUACAGUUAUGGAGACAGGAGGAGCUGGAGCUGGGAGUCAGACGUGAUCAAUAUGGAAGGGUUGUUGACAUGAAGAGACCUAUUGCUAGCAGCUUCCAGAGACAGCAAAAGGUCAUUCCUGUGCCUGCCAGCUGUCCCAGCUUUGCCAUCAUGGAAAUUUCAGAGAACAUGCGGGCAAAACUUUAUUCAUUAUUUUGCAAGUUGGGUUUUGAAAAUUUACCUGGCUUAUCUGCUGAGGAUUUUGUUACACUUGCUAUCAUUCGACGUUAUAUUGACUUUAAAGUUGGAGAAGUUUGGAGUGAAAUACGUGCAGAACUAAAAGAAGAAUUCAGGCCUAUUAUGUCAGAUGAGGAUGCCUUGGAAAGAAUUUCAAAGAUAUCAGAAGAUAUUGGAAAAGCAGUUAAUACUGUACAGACCCAAUUGAUUGAAAGUCAACUCCACCAAGAAAUCCAAGAAGAGAACCAAACAUAUAGAAAAAUCCAAGCUACACGUAAGCAGAGGGAAAUGAUCAAUAAAUCUUGGGAAAAUUUCUUGACUCGGACAUCAAACUAUGAGGCACUGAAGAAAGCAAAAAAGCUUCAGGAAAAAGCAAUAGACGCUUCCAGACCUAAAGUAAAGACUCAAACUGGAACAGUCCAUUCUACUGAUAUUGAAGGCCUGCAUACAACAUAUGGCAACUUCAUAGACGAUUUGCGGGUCUAUGUGAGAGGAGGAACUGGUGGAAUGGGUCACCCUCGUCUGGGAGGGGAAGGAGGAAGAGGUGGUGAUGUCUGGUUUGUCGCCCAAGAAAGAAUGACCUUAAGGGGCAUUAAGGAGAAAUAUCCCCACAAGCGAUUUGUAGCUGGAACAGGAGCCAACAGCAGUGUUAGAGCUCUAAAAGGUGAAAAAGGAAAAGAUCGUGAAGUUCAUGUGCCUCCUGGAAUUUCACUUGUUACUGAUGAUGGGAAGCAGAUCGGAGAGCUUAAUGCAGCAGGAGAGAGAUUCUUAGCAGCUCGUGGAGGUCUUGGAGGCUCUUUGGCCACAAACUUUUUGCCUUGCAAAGGUCAGAAGCGAAUUAUUCAUCUUGAUUUGAAACUUAUAGCAGAUGUUGGCUUAGUUGGGUUUCCAAAUGCGGGAAAAUCAUCCUUGUUAAGCAAGAUUUCUCAUGCCAAACCUGAGAUUGCAAGUUAUCCAUUUACAACAGUACAGCCUGAACUAGGAAAGAUCAUGUAUGCAGAUUAUAAGCAGAUUUCAGUAGCUGAUCUCCCAGGACUGAUUGAAGGUGCACAUGUGAACAGAGGGAUGGGCCACAAAUUCCUCAAACAUAUAGAAAGAACCAAACAGCUGCUUUUAGUUGUUGAUAUUUCUGGGUUUCAACUGUCUCUUAAGACUCAGUUCAGAACAGCCUUUGAAACUAUAUUGCUUCUAACAAAGGAACUGGAGCUGUACAAAGAGGAACUUGUAACAAAGCCCGCACUUCUCGCUGUUAAUAAAAUGGAUUUGCCUUGUGCAAAGGAUAACUUGAAUGAACUUAUGUCACAACUACAGAAUCCUCAGGACUUCUUACACUUACUAGAGGAAGAAAUGAUUCCUGCAAAUACACUUGAAUUCAAAGAGGUAAUUCCUGUAUCUACAUAUACUGGAGAAGGAAUUGAGGAACUAAAAGCAUGUAUAAGAAAAUCCAUAGAUGAGGAAGCAGAGCGGGAGAAUGAAGAAUAUCGGAAAAAGAAACUACUACUUUUACAAACUUCCCAAGAAGAAAAAAUGAAUAGAAGAUAGCAUUCUUGGAGGGAUCCAACACCUUUUAGUAUUUUUACUAUGUACAUGAAGCUGUUGCUAUGCAGGCCUUCUAUUUAUUUGAUCUCUACCAUCACUGCAGAGUUCCCUGCUCCCUCCCAUUUGUUCCUUAGGCACUUGGGUGGAGUACAAUGGGGAAAAGGGCAAGUUUUUUUGAUUGAUGUUGGCUACCUAUUCAACAGAGUAAAGACCAAAGUUUGUGCAACUCAAAGCACAGCUCAACAACUGAUGAUGCCUGGAAUAUUUUUUGCCAAAUGAGAUGAAUGGAAGGAACAUAACCUUCAUAGGUAGCAAAGGAGCAAGUUCAAGCACUCUGCAUCUUUGGCCAUAGGCAUCAGAAACACAAAGGGAAGUUUCUCAUGGAGAAAUUUACCAGGGUCUAGUGUUCCUAAGGUGAACAGUAGCACAGUUCUGCUACUGUGACAGGCAUUGAAUUGUAGGGUUUUUGUUGUUUUUAAGAAUUUAAAGAAAAACACAAAUAAAUGGCUGCAAGGAAAUUACUUGUAGAAGCACGAAAAGCAAGGCUGAUGUGUAAUGUUGGAGGGUUUUUUGACACCUGCUGGUGCCUACUGUGGUCCUCUUAAUUGUAAAAAUCCUGAUUACAAUUUUCCAGGCUUUAUUUGUGAUUCUUUCCUUUUAUGGAGUUGUUGGGUAUAUGUUACUUUUUGGUGAAGAAAAUUAUUGCUUUUAAACAGAUCUAUACUUAUUGGGGAAUAGUUAAUAUUCUAGAUUUUGUAUUACAAAAGGCACGCUUACAUUUUAAUUUUUUUUAAAAAAUAGAAUUCCCUUAUUGUCAAGGUGUUUUCUACUUCAAAGCUAUUAAAUGGAUAGCAAAGCAAAAUAGGACUGAAUACAUCAAA